AUGGCAGGAAAACAGAAACCGGAUGUAGUUCAUCAAAAUGCAAUUCACGUCGAGACGAUCCGGAAAGAGCAAAGACACCAGAAACUGCACACGAAGUUCAGCAUCAAUCCACACCGGAAACUGCACAUCCUGACGGACAAACCCAUGUCCAGGAAACCAACAGAAGUCAUUACAGAGAACUCGGACUUCACCGAGGCCUUCCACAAGGCCCAGCUGGAGCCCAAGAAGAAGCACGCGACGCCCCAGACGGAGAGUCAGGAGAUCGGAUGGGUGUCCACUCCACUGAUUCCAUCGAACCGCAACGACCGGAGGUUCAAUUUCCACAGAAUGAGCACCGACAUCACCAAAUACAAAGAAUCUGCGCUGCGUGCAUCCAACUAGAGGCGGAAAAUAAUGUAAAACUACAAACAAGCAAUCUCUGCUCAGAUGUAUUUGUUUAUUAUACAAAACGUACAGGUGUCAUCUCCACAAGCUUCUCUUUAGCUCAGUAAAAACCAAGCAGGGGAAACGUUUGCCCAAGUCUACACAAAGCACACGAGUCCACGACGUACUCAUCAUAACAAUGGAGAGGAGAAAGGGCAAAACUCACAGCUGCUCAAUAUUAUAAAAUGCCAUGGCACAUGGGAGGAACGAGGAGUCAAGUUAGAACAACAACAAAAAAGUGAAUAUACCAGAAACUUGAAAAGUAUUCGGUGUAGACGGCGUGGAGGGCGGCGUCGACACAGAUAGUGGUUUAAAAAAACCACAGAAUAAAAUAGGAAUUCGUGAAUUCUGUCCACAGACGAUACGAAUCGGGUCUAACAACUAAUAAAGAAAAAAAGGGCAUUUUUCUCUGAACAUUCAACUCCUCUCUUUUUGGAAAACACUCGUGUGGUGAGGUCAGUUCUAUGGAGUCCAAAGGGAGCUCUCUCUCUCACUCUUUCACUCACUCUCUCUCUCUCUCUCUCACUCUCUCUCGAUGGCUCCUCCCCAUCCACAGUUCACUAAAGGCAUGCUCUACAUAGAGUGUGAAUGUUC